AUGGUAGCUCUUUAUAAAUAUCCAUUAGUUUGCACGAUUAUCAUUACAUCUUUCUUUGCAUUUUAUCUUUCUAGCAACUCCUUGGACUCACUCAACAUGGAUACGGGCAUACAAUUGGGAGCAAAUGUUGGGAGCUACUGGGAUGAUGGAGUACACGGUGGAGUUAGACAAAUCACUCUUGUAUACGGUAGUUGCAUCGACUCAAUGUGUGUAACAUAUGAUAAGGAUGGUAGAUCUUUUCCGGCGGUAAAACAUGGUGGCAUGGGUGGAACCAAAAGUGCUCAGAUUAAGCUGCAAUUUCCAGAGGAAAUCUUGAUUGGCGUUAGCGGGCAUUUUUACCAUGUGGUCCAUGGUGGUUUCCCAGUGGUUCGAUCCCUUACUCUCACGAGUAACCGAAGAACAUUUGGGCCAUUUGGGGUGGAAGAAGGAACCCCGUUUAAUUUCUUCACAAAUAGAGGCCACAUUGUAGGUUUUUACGGAAGAAGUGGGUGGUUUCUGGAUUCAAUAGGGUUUUACUUGUCAAACCAUAAACCAAAUCUUUUCCGAAGGAUCCCGGUGAUGUUUGAAGGAUCUAACCUUCGUGCUGCCAAAGAUGAAGAACAUCAGAAAGCUAAGGGCUCAAAGGGUUAUAGUUGGGGCAUUUGAUUUAUAUCAUGUCUCGUGCAAGUUCUUUUCUUUCCGUAAUUGUAACAAGUUGUCACUUGUCAGAUUCUCAUCUAUAUUAUGUACGAUUACAUAAUAAUGUAAUUUAUGUAAAUGCCAAGGUUAACUAA